AUGCCACAUAAUGUUGUGUUUCACGCCUUUGAGGCCGGUGGAUUAGCACUUAUCACCACGCCGAGUAUUCGCAGACUGCGAAAGUGCCAACGCAUGAAGAAUGACUCUAAAAAACUGGGUCACGAGUUGCCUGGCCAAGUUUGGUAUGUUGACUUGCAAGCAAUUCUAUUCGGUCCACUUCGUGCCGUGUGGAAUGCCCCGGACCACAACAAGACAACUGUCAUCGGGUUUUCCACGCUAGCACUGUCUAGACAAAGUGCGACUUGA